GCGACCCCGACACACAGGACGCAGGCAGACGCACUGGGUCGCUGUCGAGCUGAACCGGGUGGUGGACACGCUUUGUUGUAUCGACAGCCGUCUGAGUAGGCUCGCAAAUAGGAACGACGACGCUUCUGUUGGGAUUGAUGAGCCUUGACGUGGUUCCAAGUACCAUUGGCCCACCCACUGCUUAGCUGUCAAAAGCUGCAUUGAACCUCGGCUGCCGUUGAGUCGAUGAUCCACUCGAGCUGUCAGUGAAAGGCUCCCGCCUUUCUUGCCCUCCCCUGCCUCGGCCUCACCCUUGACCCGCGCCGCAAGCGCUGAAAACUUGCCGCGGGUUGACAGUUUAGUCAGUACAAGCAAACUUGUUCUUCGUCCUCUCUCGCCCGUCGUCAUGUCGGAAGCUGACCUGCCCCUGAUCGGCGUCAUUGAGGGCUUUUACGGUCGUCCUUGGAAGGCACACCAGCGUCAUGACCUCUUUGCUCUGAUGAACAAUUGGCACUUGACGGCGUACAUGUACGCCCCUAAAGAUGACAAAAAGCAUCGUGCCGGCUGGCGUGAGCCAUACGAUCAGGAUGAACUCGCGGAACUGCAAGACCUGAUUGAUGAGGCCCAGCGCCACGAUGUUGAGCUCAUCUAUGCCAUUUCCCCGGGUCUGGACAUGACCUACUGCUCGGCUGACGAGAACGCGUUACUCCGCGCCAAGCUUGACUCCGUAGCCGCCUUGGGCUGCAACAGUUUUGCCAUUCUCUUUGAUGACAUUGACGGGCUCAUGAAUCAGGCCGAUAUUGACACGUUUGACUCUUUGUGCCAUGCCCACUGCACCGUGGCAAACGAACUUCGAGCACACCUAGCUCCCAAGCGCAUGCUCUUUUGCCCCACCGAGUACUGUGCCUCUCGAGCCAACCCCAGUGUGUCUGAAUCAGAGUAUCUCCGCACCAUCGGCCUCCGCCUUGAUGCUGGCAUUGAGGUCUUUUGGACCGGGGACUCAGUCAUCCCUCGCGAAAUUGAUGUUCCUUCCCUGCAAGAACUCCGUGCCGUCAUCAAGCGCAAGCCCUGCAUUUGGGACAACAUCCAUGCCAACGAUUUCGACAAGCGGCGCGUGUUUCUUGGCCCUUACCACGGACGUUCUUGGCAGAUCUUGGAGCACGUCUCAGGUGUGCUGAGUAACCCCAAUUGCGAGUACCAUGCCAACUUCAUCCCUCUGCAAACGCUGGGUGAAUGG